AUGAAACAGCGCUCCCUGUUCUUUAUCUUUUAUCGAGGUUCACAAAUAUUCAACAUUCUGAUCUACUUGCAAUUUAUGAAGGACAGCUACACCACUUCAGAUGUACGUGCGAUCAAUGCGUACACGAACAAAAUAAUACUGACCGAUCGUCAAGUCUUUGGUAAAAUUUACAGGGAUGAUGUCGUGUUAGUAAUCGAGGAGAAUUUCAAUAGGCAGUUGAAUAAAAUAUUUGGGAUAGGAGGAUUUAAAAAAUGGUGGAGGAGAAUCAAAGAAGGCAACGUGAUUCGUGGUUUUCUAGAUUGGAAGUUUAGGGUGGGUACACGUGACGAAUUAGCAGAUCCUGUCAUUCCUAGGAAUAAUAAACUUCAAAAACAUGAUAAAUGGUGGCGAGCAGUCACCAACAUCCCAAUAAUUAAGUUAUGUUACGCGCAUCUCAGCCAAACAAGGAUUGCUAUCGGUAAUAAAAUUACGGGUUUCUGUUGCUAUCCAGGUAGAGAAAUAUUUCUGGAGAAAUUUAAUGAAGAGUUUGUUGCUAAACAGUUUACAAACCAGAAUGAAUUGGAUGACUAUCUGAUGAAUAGCAAUAAGAUGUUUUUUUUUACUAAUAUCGAUUCGCCCUGGUCUGCAUUCAAUUGCAAAAAGAAAGUUAUUUACGAAAAAUUGUUUGCAAAUCAUUUAAGUGCUGAAAAAUUGAAAUAUUUACGGUCUAUUUAUGAAAUUGUGGAUAAUAUGGUACGUAAUACACAGUAUAAUAUAAUUGAUCGCGUUACUUUUGCUAUUUUAUCUGGCAGAAUAUGUGAUGAACUUAAUGACUUGGGCAUUAAGCUAAAUAUAAAGUUUGAGAAAAUGACUGUGAUGUGUUUUAACGUACUUUUGCAGCCAAUAACAUACGAUUCGCCAUCUAUUAUGAUGACAAUAUUUCUAAAUUGUGGAGAUACUAUGGUUGAAUCGUUGUUUGAGAGUCUUAAAUUUAAUUUUAUUAGAUGGGUAAAACAAAUCAAGUAUCGACAGGUCCAAGUUACAUGUACAACGCUUUACAUUGAUAGUGUUAUGUCCAUUUUGAAGGCUUAUGGUGUAAUAAAAAAGUCAAUCGAUUUUUCGGUGUAUCCGGAAAUAGUUAGACUUUUGUUUCCCCAUAGUUUUUUUGUUAACAACAGCUUCGAGAUAAAUGGCUGUAUUAUCGUAAGAAGUUGCUUAUGUUUCAGGUAUUUAGAGAAGUUUUGCAAAUACAAGGAAUAUUUUGAUGAUAUCAUGGUCAAACGAAUAAGAUAUUACACGAAUGAUAUUAUGUUCUCACUAGUGAGUUAGAGCGAGAUUUGAAGUAUACCGUUGGAUUUAUUAAAUAAACCGUGUCUUGCUUAC